AUGGGUUUGUUGGAGAAAUUCGAAUGGGCUAAUGCUUAUGGAAAGAAGCAUUGUACAAGCUUGUUUUGGAGGAUCAGGGCUGCGGUGAAGAGGGCUUUGAAGAAUGGAAAGAAACAGAGGUUCAUGUUUCAAUAUGAUCCUUCAAGUUAUGCACUUAACUUUGAUGAUGGAGGUUCUCCUUCUCAUCUUAGAGACACCGCGGUGAAGAAAUUCAUUGCACAAGACGCACAACUUGAUCACUUCAAAGACAUCGAUAACACUAUAUGGGUUUAUGUUAUUUGGGUUAAGACUAACUAA